AGGGCGUGCAGCCAAUCAGUGUGCUCGGAUUCCGAAAAGCCUGGAUGAUCUGCGUCACUGCCGCUCUUCUGCCGGAUGUGGACUCUCACAGCUCCAAGCUUGGUGCAAUUUAUCUCCGCUACCUCGGACCGCUUUCCACCCCUCUUAUUCACGAGUGACGACGUGUUUGUUCAUUUUGCAAUCUUCCCUUGCGCCUCGCUUUUAGAUUGUAGUUUCGGAGCAAUCCAGCUACAGAACACACCACCCUGCACUGCAACACUCACACGUCCCACGUGUCUAGCGAUUCUCUUGCAGUCUGACACUCGCCGGCAACAUGUCAACACCAGCCCGCUACCGCAAGCCGGGUACCAUAACGGCCGCAACGAGCACACCCACCGCCAGCCACGAAGACACAGCCCCCAUCCCACGCGCCUCUGCAUCCACCACCGAAGCCAAGAAGGAGCUGAAAGCCGCCUUCAACGAGCAGGCGGUCAAAACAUCCAAAGGCCUCUCUGUCCUCGAUGUCCUGAGGGUGCUGGGCGGCCUGGCGCUGCUGAGCGCGGGCCUGAGCUAUCUGAGCACCAGCGGCGAGAGCAUGACGUGGGGCUACAAUGCGAAGUGGACGCGCAUGCGCGAGUGGAAGAAUGUCCUCCGCGGCCAAGUCCAACUCACCGACAUCGAACUGACGUCCUACGACGGGUCCGAUCCCACGAAGCCUAUCUACCUCGCGCUCAACGGCACAAUCUACGACGUCAGCGCAUCCCCUCAGACCUACGGCCCAGGCGGAAGCUACCACUUCUUUGCCGGCCGCGACGCCGCGCGCGCCUUCCUGACGGGCUGUUUCGUUGAAGACGCCAUCCCGGACCUGCGCGGCGUCGAGCGCAUGUUUAUCCCCGUUGACCCGGAGGAGAAAGCCGACGCGGCCCCAGACGCCGUCGAGAAGGCCAGGGCGCGCAGACAGCUUACUCCGGCCGAGCUGAAGAAUCGCAGGGCGCAGGAGACCAGGCUCGCUAGGCAGAAGAUGGUGCAGGGGCUGGAGAGCUGGCAUGCGCUGUUUCGUGGCGACAAGGGGAAGCCGUAUUUCAAGGCUGGUGUCGUUAGCAGACCACAGGGCUGGGAGAAGUAUCUCCCCGAGCGCCCACUUUGUGAGCAGGCGGAGAAGAGUCGGCCGGUGAGGAAGUAUGAUUAGAGCUGUGUAGAUGAAUAUUGAGGUUUUGCA